GUCAACUUUCCUCUCUUGUAUUCUUCCGACUUUCCCUGUUCUGUGCUGUGCUCUCUCGAGAACGCUUAGCUGGUCCUUGGCCUCGACUCUUCUGCAAACACACAAGUCACAUCGAUAGCAUCCUUUCUGCGAGGCUAUUUACGUCAUGGCUCUCAUACACUUCCGGUCUGCCAUCCGAGGGUCCCUUGCAGGCUCUCGAGCCCUCACCACCCGUCAAUUCUCGGUACAGAGUUCGUUACGGAAGGAAAUACAAGAUGCCUACAUCCUGAGCGCUUCAAGAACGCCAACGGCAAAGUUCAACGGAGCCUUCCUCAGCGUUCCAGCCCCCAAGCUCGCCGCCGUUGCCAUCAAGUCCGCCCUCGAGAAGUCCAAAAUCCCUGUAGAGAAGGUGACCGACAUCUAUCUAGGGCAGGUCCUGCAAGGCAAUGUCGGCCAGGCGCCCGCGCGGCAGGCCAUGAUCUAUGCCGGCCUGCCCAAGAGCAUCGAGCCCACGACUAUCAACAAGGUGUGCUCGUCCGGCCUCAAGGCGGUGGCCUUGGCGGCACAGAAUAUCCAGCUCGGACUGGCCGAGGCCCAGAUCGCUGGCGGGAUGGAGAACAUGUCACAGGUCCCGUACUACGUACCCCGUGCCAGCCAGAAUCCUGCGUUUGGCAACAUCAAGCUCGAGGACGGCCUCAUCAAGGACGGCCUGACCGAUGUGUACGACCAGUUCCACAUGGGUGUCUGUGCCGAGAACACUGCCAAGAAGCUCGAGAUCAGCCGCGAGCAGCAGGACGAGUACGCCAUCCAGUCGUACGAGCGGGCCCAGGCCGCCUGGAAGGCCAAGGCCUUUGCCGACGAGAUUGCUCCUGUCACGGUCAAGGGUCGCAAGGGUGACACGAUUGUCGACACCGACGAGGGCUACCUUGAUGUCAAGUUUGACAAGGUUUCGACGCUGAAGCCCGCGUUUGUCCGGGACGGCACCGGCACGGUCACCGCUGCCAACUCGUCCACGCUCAACGACGGCGCCAGUGCUCUGGUCCUGGUCAACGAGGCACUCGCCAAGGAGUACGGCAGCGGCUCCCGUGUCCUCGCGCGGAUAGUCAGCAGCGCCGACGCGGCCGUCGACCCCAUCGAUUUCCCAAUCGCGCCGUCCAAGGCGGUCCCCAUCGCGCUUGAGCGUGCUGGCAUCACCAAGGACCAGGUCGCUAUCUGGGAGUUCAACGAAGCGUUUGCAGCUGUCAUUAAAGCGAACGAGAAGAUCCUCGGUCUCGAGAACGCCAAGGUCAACCCUCUCGGUGGAGCCAUCUCCCUAGGUCACGCCCUGGGCAGCUCAGGCUCCCGCAUUCUUACCACACUUCUGCACCAGCUGAAGCCGGGCGAGUACGGUGUUGCUGCGAUCUGCAACGGAGGUGGUGGUGCUUCUGCGAUGGUUGUCCAGAGGAUAGAAUCCGUGUAGGGCGUAGUAGUACGAGGAUUCAGGAAGAGGUCCACUGUGUAUAUAGGCCACAAAUGUGCGCAAUGAAAUACCCUCAGGCACGUCGUUCCGACAAGCCGGCUUGA